ACACACACACACACACACACACACACACACAGGACAGUGGCCCCCUAAAUGACACGUCAACACACACAUAUUCACCUCUCAGAAUGACACUAGCCUGAUUGGUGGGAGGUGAUCUCUGAAAUUGCUCAGUGAGCACCCCUAAUUUCCCUGAUUUACAUAUUGCUGUCAAUCACACCCAAUGGAAUCCAAUCAGAAAGCAGGGGAUGACCUGGCCGGGACCCAGAAGGAGGUGGCCCUCAGGGCCCUGAUACAACGCACAGGAUAUCAGCUGCUCCAGGAGAACGGCCAGCGGCGGUUUGGAGGGCCCCCGCCGGGCUGGGAGGGGCCCCCACCAGAGAGGGGCAGUGAGAUCUUCGUUGGGAAGCUCCCCAGAGACCUGUUUGAGGACGAACUGGUGCCUCUCUGUGAGAAGUUUGGUAAGGUGUAUGAGGUGAGGAUGAUGAUGGACUUCAACGGGAACAACAGGGGCUAUGCCUUCGUCACCUUCCACACCAAACAGGAAGCCAAGACGGCCAUGAAGCAGCUCAAUAACUAUGAGAUCAGGAACGGCCGUCUGCUGGGCGUGUGCGCCAGCGUGGACAACUGCCGCCUCUUCGUGGGCGGCAUCCCCAAGACCAAGAAGCGCGAGGAGAUCCUGACGGAGAUGAGGAAAGUGACGGACGGCGUCAUAGAGGUCAUCGUCUACCCCAGCGCCGCCGACAAGACCAAGAACCGAGGCUUCGCCUUUGUGGAGUACGAGAGCCACCGGGCCGCCGCCAUGGCGCGCCGCAAACUGCUGCCAGGCCGCAUUCAGCUGUGGGGCCACGCUAUCGCCGUGGACUGGGCGGAGCCAGAGGUGGAGGUGGACGAGGACACCAUGGCAACCGUCAAGAUCCUGUACAUCAGGAACCUGAUGCUGCAGACCGCAGAGGAGACCAUAGAGAAGGAGUUUAACAGCAUCAAGCCAGGGUCCGUGGAGCGCGUGAAGAAGAUCCGAGACUACGCCUUCGUCCACUUCACCCUGCGGGAGGACGCCAUCACCGCUAUGAACGCCCUCAACGGGAAGCUGAUCGAGGGAUCCCCCAUCGAGGUGACCCUGGCCAAGCCCGUGGACAAGGACAGCUACGUGCGCUACACCCGCGGAACCGGGGGGCGGGGCAGCUCGCUGCAACAGACCGACUACACCGCCUACACCGUGGGACAGGUGUACGACCCCACCGCGGCCUACCUGGGCGCGCCCGUGUUCUACGCCCCCCAGGCGUACGCGGCCGUGCCCAGUCAGUUCCGCUUCCCGCCCUCCAAGGCCCCCAUCGGGGGGCGGGGCCUCAUCAGACCGCCCUCCGUCAGAGAAAUUUACAUGACUGUACCUGUAGGGGCUGCUGGGGUGCGGGGUCUGGGGGGGAGGGGCUACCUGGCCUACGCCGCCGCGGGGGGCGUGGGCGGCGUGGGGCGCAUGGUGGCGCCCGGCGGGGGCAUGGGCGCCGCCUACGGGCUGAAGGCGGACAAGCGGGCGGAGGACAAGCUGUACGACCUGCUGCCCGGCAUGGAGCUCACCCCCUUGAACCCCUCCGCCAUGGGCCUCAAGCUCCCCGAGAUAAAGCACCCGCCACAGGUGCUGGAGGAGGUGUGUCAGAAGAACAACUGGGGCCAGCCCGUCUACCAGCUGCACUCGGCCAUCAGCCCUGACCAGAGGCAGCUGUUCCUCUAUAAGGUCACCAUCCCCGCCCUCGCCACGCAGUACCCCAACGUCCAUCCGUUCACCCCUUCUAAGCUGUGCAGUGCUGUAGACGAGGCCAAGGUGCACGCAGCGGAGCAUGCGCUGCAGACCCUGGGCCUGCCAACAGAUGGCGCUGCCGACCUCGCUGCCGCCAAUGCUGGCGUAACUUCAGUGGCCUUCCCAGGUAUGUGAAGGCUACCCCUUGGCCACCCCCUCCACCACGGCCCAGCUGAAGCAGGCGGUGUCUCUGGGCCAGGACCUCAUGGCCUACACCACCUACGAGGGAUACCCCGCCUUCGCCAUGGCAACCCGCCACGCUGACGGAUAUGGGGUGUUCUGAUCAAAACUGACUUUGGUAACAACAGAUUCGGCGCAUUUGAAUGUUAACAUAAAUUAAAGGAAGUGGGGAGGUUGGGGAGUUGACAGAGAAAAAGUUAGGGUUUUUAAAAGAUCUUGAAGGUCCAAGGAAACUUUCCUUGAAGAUUUCAUCAUUCUGACUGCUGGUUGGUAGUUAUUUGCCGAUUGUUUCUUUCUGACAAUUUUUAUUUUAGUAAUUUUUUACCUUUCUUUCCUUUUCAAAUAGAUUAUCUCAUAUUUACAAUCACAAGCUGAGUUGUAUUAAUUAUUUGAAUGAAUUAUUCCUUGAAUUUAAAAAUUAAACCGAAUAAUGAUAUAGGUGUGUAGUGUUUUGUGGCUGUCCUUGACAACUAUUUUUGGGAAUGGGUUCUUUUUCUAUGGGUAUUUUUCUAAGUGGAUUUGUAUUUUUUAUUUUUUGAAGAAAAUAAGCGUGUUUACUUUUUAUUACAAAGAACAGCCAUCAUCUUUGUUAUUUUUCCAUUAGUUAUCUGUACAUAACUAAAAUAAAAGACCAUAUUAGUUAAAUACAUUGUUUUCUAAAUCCAAUUCCCGCAAUAUUUCAGUUGCAUAUGUAGGCCAAUGUAAUGUAUUUGUUGUUCUUAGUUUACUUAUUCUGUCUCGUGUUCGAGAUGUUUUCUUUGAACAAUGUGGAAGCAAAUGCAUGAAGAGGAAAAAAGUUCUCCCUCGUGAGAUGUAGUAUUGUUUUUGGUGUUCAGAAAACAUAAUCUGCUGAGAUAUAUUUUCAAUGUUCUCUACAGGCCCUGGUAGUGAGGUAUGUAAGAACUGAAGUAUUAGGUUUUCCCAAGGGCAUUUAGAAGGAGCUGUGUUGGUACUUAAUACCUUCAUUGGUUUUUCUGUGGUUUAAUGAUGUUUGUAUUAUUUACCCAUUCUUGUGGUGUAUUACUUUUUCCAUUCCAUUCUUGAAGCCUAGCCAGAGAAAUGUAUGUCCCAACUCUGUCUCUAGACCUGUACAAUUUGAAAUGUAAAGAUGCCAUACCAGGCGUCCCAACAACAGAGAGCCGUGCCAGUUUUCUCAAAUGUUGUAAUGUGAAAAUGUGGUUUGCAUGUUAAAAGAGACAACUCGUUGCUGUUUGAAGUACACACAGGUAUCAUUGUAAAGGUCUAUUCCUCAUGACAUUGUUGAUGUAGAUCAGUCUUCCACAACUACCUUCUUAUAACAAAAAGAAAACCCCCCCUUCCAUUCAUGAAUUAACAAUUAGCCUGCCAGUUCCUGUCUGUGAACACUAGUGUCUAUUUUUGGGAGACAAAGUAAACAAUCCAAAAAAGUUAUUGAUUUGAGAUGAGGGACCCUGUAUUCCACCUAAUGCUAAUUACAUUACCACCUUCAUGUUUCCUUGGGUCACAUGACAUUUGUACAUUGCGUUUUAUAUACAUUGAUAUAACAAGAAUAUAAAAACAUUCAUCCCUUUUGAUAGUGUGCAAACAGUUAGCUUUCGUGAUAUUCUGUUAUAAGCGCCUUUGUUUGGUUUUCCAGACAAGUUUAGUGAAGUUUCAAUUAACUUAUUAUGCCAGAGCUUACAGGCAAAGCAGACUGAUUGGUGACAUCAUGUUAGACACGAGCAAUCUAUCUCAGAUCAUCAGUUAGUAACUUUAUACAUCUCAGGUUGGCUCUUGGUGUUUCUUUCAAAACACACAUGAACGACACAUUCUAAACUUUGAACUAGCCAAAGCAGUGACAGUAUUAAAAGUGUGUGUAGCACUUAGAACUUAUUUUUAUACCAGAUUUUCUUUCUUUUUUUAGCAUUUUUUGAGGAUAUUUAAAAAUAAAUUCUCUGUGCUCUAAUAAUUUGACUGGAGACACAUAACUUGCGGUUCGGCUAAUGAAUGAAUUGGUUUUGACAGUGAUUUGUAAUGGUUAAGCCAAAGUGUACACUAGUAAAAUGGUGGUAUUCAAAGAAAACUGCUUUGAUGAUUCUAAUGUGCCUUGAUCGAUGAUCGCCCCAAUAUAAUGAAUAAAACAACAUUUGAAAAAAUGAA